AUGUGGAAUUUGAUCAUAAGGUCUCAUGUUGAUAUGGGUCUGUUUCAUUCAGCUUUGAUGUUUUACAAAGAGAUGAGACACAUGAGUGUUCCUCAUGAUACUUUUACUUUUCCGAUAAUUAAUCGAGCUUUAUCGUUGUUAAAGAUUGAUGUUGUGUGUGGAAAGAUGAUUCACUGUGUAGCAAUUCAAAUGGGUUUGGAUUCGGAUUUGUAUUUUUGUAACACCAUGAUUGAUGUUUAUGUUAAAUGUGGGUGUUUUGAAUACGGUCGCAACGUGUUUGAUUUAAUGCUCAUGAGAGAUGUUGUUUCAUGGACUUUGAUGAUUUCUGGUUAUGUUGAUGAGGGAUAUGAUGUUAGUGUUGCUUUUGAUUUGUUCAACGAGAUGAGGAGGGAAUUGGAACCAAAUUCGGUUACUCUUAUUGUAAUGUUGCAGGCUUGUUGUGCUUCCGUGACAUUAAAUGAGGGAAUUCAGAUUCAUGGGUAUGCGGUGAAAAAUGGAUUACUAAUGGAUUUGUCUGUGAAAAAUUCAGUUUUGAAAGUGUAUGCUCGUAAAGGGAGUGCCAAAGAAGUGGACCUUUUAUUUAGUGAAAUAAACAGAAAGGAGGUAGCUUCAUGGAAUACUUUGAUUUCCUUUUAUUCGUCCAAAGGAGACAUAAUGAGAGUUUCUUGUUUGUUCGACGAAAUGCGGACCCUAGAAAUGCAUUUGUGGAACAUUGAAACUUUAUCGUUAGUUGUAUCGGCAUUUGCAAAGCGUGGUAGCCUUUAUGAGGGUGAAGGCAUGCAUUGCUUAGUGAUCAAAACAGGCUUUUCUGAUGAUGUUUUGCUGACUUCUCUACUUGAUUUUUAUUCCAAGUGUGGGAAAUUGGAAAUAUCAGUUCAGCUGUUUAACGAAAUUCAUUUUAAAAGUAACAUCACUUUGUGUGCUAUGAUGUCGGGUUUCAUUCAAAAUGGUUAUUUUAUAGAUGCCAUUGUUUUAUUCCAACAAAUGCAAGCUGCUGAUAAUGUUGAUAUUGUCCCUGAAAUUUGGAGAAAUCUACUUGAUGCAUAUGCAAACCUAGGAGCUUUGAAAUUAGGCAAAGUGGUCCAUGGUUACCUUAUAAAGCACUGGUUUAAUGGAUCUAUUGAAAGUAAUGGACACAUGGAAACAUCUAUCUUAAACAUGUACUUAAGGGGUGGUAGCAUCUCAUCAGCUAGAGAAGUUUUUGAUAGGAUUCCUGUCAAAGAUGUUGUGAUAUGGACAACGAUGAUCGAAGGACUUGGCUCCCAUGGUUUUGGUUUUGAAGCCGUAAAUUACUUUAAUUUAAUGAUUGAGCAAAGAGUGUGGCCAAACCAUAUCACCUUCUUGAGCUUACUGUCUGCUUGCAGUCACUCAGGUCUUGUUAGUGAAGGCUGCAAAAUUUAUUAUUCUAUGAAAUCGAGUUAUGGUAUUGAACCGGGUUUGGAUCACCAUACUUGCAUCGUCGAUCUUUUUGGUCGUUGCGGCAUGCUUAAAGAGGCGUUAGUCAUAAUAUUCAAAAUGAGAGUUGUACCUGAUAGUAGGAUUUGGGGUGCUCUUCUAGCAGCUUCAAGAGUUUAUGGAAAUAGAAAAUUUGGAGAAUAUGCAGCACAAAGACUUUUGGAGAUAGAACCUGAUAAUGUUGGAUAUUAUACUCUGUUGAGUAAUGUUAAAGCAAGUGAAGGAAGAUGGAAUGAGGUUGAAGAAUUAAGGAGAGUUAUGAGUGAAAAGAAUCUCAAGAAGAAACCAGGGUGGAGCUGUAUUGAGGUAAAAGGAGCGAUUCAAGGAUUUGUUUCUGGAGAUAUUUCACACCCUGAAGCAGAUAAAAUUUUUGAGACAUUGGGUAGAUUGAGUAGAGCAACAUAG